UCAUCCCUCUCCAACUUUCAAACACAUUGAGCAACAACAAUAUUACAAAAUUACACUCAAAAUGACCGUCCACGUAAUCAAAAACCUGGCUGAAUUCAGAGAUCAUCUCGAAAAACACGAAGUUGUCAUUGUUGACUUCUGGGCACCAUGGUGUGGUCCUUGCAGAUUCAUCAGCCCAGUGGUCGAAAGGAUGUCCGAACAACAUGGCAACGACAAAGUCUUUUUCGUCAAAGUCGACGUGGAUGAGGCUGAAGAUAUCUCUCAAGAAUACGGGAUUCGCGCGAUGCCCACUUUUAUGGUUUUUAAAGACGGCGAAAAGGUCGGCGAGAUUGUGGGAGCUGAUCCUAACAAGCUUGAACAAAUGGUCCGACAGUUCGCCAGUUGAACUAUGUCAUACAAUAAGUAGGAAAGGCCUGAUGAGGGAUUGACGAUUUGGAUUGGUUGACUCCCGCUGCUGAUUGUUACAAGACUUUAAUGGAGGGGCCGGCAAGCAAGGUGAAAGGAAACACUGUAAUUAGGAAUCAAGACUA